GACUAGGGAAUCGGGUUUGUCAGGCCCAGCAGUAAGAGUGGAGAGAGGGAAGAGGAGGCUGAGCCAGAUUUCCUCUCGGACACUCCCAGUCUUUUAAGGCCCUGAGCUCAGCUAUUAGUCCCUGGACUCUGCUUGAGUCUGGAUCUCAGCAGUGUGACUUACACACCUGACCUGAACCUUCUCUCGAGCCGGCCAUCCAGGGUCCUACCCAUCAGUAUCUGAAGCCUUGCCUGGGACAGCUGUCACGUGAGGAGUACCAACCUCUGGUGGCGCUGUGAGACCUACACUUUUGCACAUUUCCAUUGAUAUGACUCCAGAAUAGCAAUGGAUCCUGAAGGUUCAUGUAUCCAAGAUGACCCAGAUGUCAAGGUGAUGAUGGCAGGGUCGACUCUGAGAAAAGUCAAGUCCCGUUCGUGGAAGAAGCAGCGCCAUUUCCGCCUUCUUGAGGACGGCCUGACGAUCUGGUACAAGUCACGAUGGGCGGGGAAAGGCCACUCCACCUUCUCAGUUACCGAGGUGGAGGCCGUGCGUGAGGGCCACCAGUCUGAGGUCCUGUUCAGCGUUGCUGAGGAGUUCUCCGCUGACCUCUGCUUCACCUUGGUGUUUCACGGUCGCCAAGGCAACCUGGACCUCGUGGCCGACUCACCAGAGGAGGCCCGGGCCUGGAUCCAGGGAGUGCGCAAGCUGAUUCACAAGGUUCAAACAAUGGAUGAGAAGGAGAGGCUAGACCAGUGGGUCCGGGACUGGUUUCAGAAAGCUGACAAAAACAAAGAUGGGAAGAUGAAUUUCAAAGAGGUGCGGAAAUUGCUGAAGAUGAUGAACGUAGACAUGAAUGAGGAACACGCUCUGUACCUAUUCACGAUGGCUGACAAGUCAGACAGUGGCUCUUUGGAAAUCGAACAGUUUGUCCACUUCUAUGAGAUGCUGACUCAGAGGGAUGAAGUGUGGAAGGUGUUCCAGGACUACUCCGGAGAUGGAGAGAAGUUAAUGUUGGAGGAGCUGCAGAACUUCCUGAGCACGGAGCAGCAGGAGGGAGAGCGGAGUGCGCAGCUAGCCCGGGAGCUGAUUGACCGCUAUGAACCAUCUGAAUCAGACAAGCAGCAAGGCGCCAUGUCGUUGGAGGGCUUCCAGAUGUACCUGUGCUCGCAGGAGGGCUCCAUAUUUAAACCUGAGCGUCGGGACCUUCACCAGGACAUGAGCCAGCCUCUUAGCCACUACUUCAUCUCCUCCUCACACAACACCUACCUCCUGGAGGACCAGCUCCGAGGACAGAGCAGCUUGGAGGCAUACAUCCAGGCCCUGAAGAGAGGCUGCCGUUGUGUGGAGGUGGACUGCUGGGACGGCAGUGAUGGGGAACCAAUUGUGUACCAUGGUCACACUUUGACUUCCAAGAUUCUUUUUAGGGACAUAAUUUCAACACUGAAAGAAUACGCCUUCAAGGCAUCAGACUUCCCACUCAUCCUGUCCCUUGAGAAUCACUGCGGUGUGGAGCAGCAGACAGUCAUGGCCCGACACCUCAGCCAAAUCUUGGGUGACACACUGCUGACGACCCCGCUGGAAGGGUUGGUCCCUCAACAGCUUCCGUCUCCACAGGAGCUGAAGGGGAAAGUUUUGCUGAAAGCCAAGAAGAUUGGAGGUCUAGAAGACUGUCUCGAUGAAACCGUGACGGACGAAGUUAGCGAUGAGGAAGAGAUGGCCAACGAUGAAGCUGACACAGAAGACCCACCCGCUGAGUGUUUGACCAACAAUGGGAAGAAAUCCACGUCCAAAUUUUCCAGGGAGCUGUCAGACCUGGUGGUUUACUGCAAGAGUGUGCACUUCCAUGACUUUGAGCGUGCUCGUUUACACGGCAAAUGCUAUGAGAUGUCCUCAUUCUCUGAAUCCAAGGCCAAGAGGCUCGCUAAGGACGCAGGGGCAGAUUUUGUGCUGCACAACACAAGGCAGCUGAGCAGGAUCUACCCCAGCGGGCUCAGGACGGACUCCUCCAACUAUAACCCACAGGAGAUGUGGAACGUGGGCUGCCAGAUAGUGGCUCUGAACUUCCAGACAGCCGGUCUGGAAAUGGAUCUGAAUGACGGGCUGUUCAGGCAGAAUGGAUGCUGCGGCUACGUCCUCAAGCCUGAAUUCAUGAGAGACGGCAACACUCAGUUCAGUCCAGAGACGCCCGAGGAGCGGCGGGACUACAAGCCACUCCGCUUAUCCAUCCAGGUGAUCAGUGGGCAGCAGCUACCAAAGGUGAAUCAGAAAGAGGGCUCUAUUGUAGACCCCCUGGUCAGAGUGGAGGUCUAUGGAGUGCCGCAGGACCAGGUCAAGGAAGAGACCAGUCACAUUAACAACAAUGGUUUUAACCCAGUGUGGAAUGAAACUUUAAAUUUUGUCAUCCACACCCCUGAGCUGGCCCUGGUUCGCUUCGUGGUGGAGGACUACGAUAAGGCGUCCAGGAACGACUUUGUGGGACAGUUCACUCUGCCGUUUACGUGCAUCCAAGCAGGAUAUCGUCACAUACAUCUGCUGUCUAAAGACGGAACAUCUAUCCCUCCCGCAUCCCUGUUCGUCAACAUCAGCAUCUCUGAGCUCACAUGAAGAAGUCAAAUCGGAGGAUAUGAAGCCAGAGGUGGUCACAACAAGUCUUCAUUUGUAUUAGUAGGGUGGAGUGGAACAGGUCAGACUCAUUAUUCACUCAAACAAAAACAAAAUUUACCAAGAAAUAAGACAACUAAUUAGAAACAAGGACUGUCAAAAAGAGUCCAUGUAGUAGUUUGAAAAAUUCUUAGGUUUAAAUGAACUCGUCUGGCUGUAUUUUAUUCUGUUCUCAGAUGUGUGCACUCUCACGGAAGUACUGAAUGAACAUGAAGGAUUGCUGCAUGUCUACAACGUCUAAAUAUCUGCCUGUUUACCUUUAAAUGUACUGUAUAUCCAGAAGCAGCAGUACUUAGGAAAUAAGUGAAAGUGUAUGGUCCACAGUUUUAAAGUGCUGUGAAAAAAAAAGCCUACUAUUAUAACGUGCUCACAGCUUUG